CGCAAACAGGCAAAGUUACACAAAAUGUUUUAAGCCCCUCCGAUUCCCACGCGAACUAGCUAAGAAGCGCACCUGUUUCUGUUUGAAUGUUCAGAUCUACGCUUUGCAGAAUGGCUCAGAAUACCAAUGCUACUUUCACCCUCAACACCGGCGGUCGGAUCCCCGCUGUCGGGCUCGGAACGUGGCAGUCGAAGCCUAGUGAGGUUCGCGAGGCCGUCAAGGUUGCUCUCCAGAAAGGAUAUCGCCACAUCGACACCGCUCUUGCCUACGGAAAUGAAAAUGAAGUUGGUCAAGGAAUCAAGGACUCGGGUGUCCCAAGAGAGGAAAUUUGGAUUACAACCAAGCUCGACAACCCCUGGCACCAUCGCGUUGAAGACGGGAUCAACUCUUCUCUUAAAUCCUUGGGGGUUGAUUACGUUGAUCUGUACCUCAUGCACUGGCCGUCUUCAACGGACCCGGAAAACUUGAAGAAGCAUCUGCCCGACUGGAACUUCCUUAAGACUUGGGCUGAAAUGCAGAAGCUCCCUGCCUCUGGCCGUGUGAAGAAUAUUGGCGUGUCAAACUUUGGCAUCCGUAACCUGGAGAAGCUCCUUAGUGAUCCCUCCUUUAAGAUUACACCUGCGGUGAACCAAAUUGAACUCCACCCAAACUGCCCUUCGCCCAAACUCCUUGACUAUUGCAAAGAGAAGGGUAUCCACUGCACAGCAUACUCUUGCUUAGGCUCAAGCGACUCGCCUUUAUACAAGGAUGAGACUGUCCUGAAGAUGGCCGAAGCGAAGGGCAGGACACCACAGCAAAUACUCCUCAUGUGGGGUCUUCAGCGUGGUAAUAGUGUUAUUCCGAAGAGCGUCACUCCCUCGCGCAUUGAGAAAAACUUCGAACUGGAUGGAUGGGACUUGACCGAUGAGGAGAUGAAGAAGCUUAGCUCGCUUCCAGACAGGUUCAAGGUUUGUGGUGAUGCGUGGCUGCCUAUUAAAGUGUUCUUUGGUGAUGAUGAAUGAGAGCGCUUUCACCAGUACUUUCCGGCGAUGGCCUUGUUUAGCGAUGUUCAUUUAUGCAAGAUUCUUGAAGAGGCUUUCUAGCGCUAAACACUGUUUGCAACUAAACAAAGACUUCAAUAUAAAUGGAAACUAUGGGGCAUCACUACCC